CAAAACCGAGACAAAGGGCUAUGUCCAUUCUGCACCAUCAAAAACUGCAGCUCGAAAUUUUCUCCCCAAAAAUUUUUCCCCCUUUCUUCAUCGCCAAAAAUUGUCGAAGUCGGAGAAUCUUAGGUCGAAAUUUUUGUUGUUGUUGAGGAGGAAACGAUCGAAACGUCGGACAGGAUGAAGAAAUUAAGCUCUGUUCGGGAGGUUUAAGAUUUGAGAAUCGAAGAAAUUUGGUGUUGCAGAGAUGCCGGAAAUCCAAAGGCCUGUUAAGACAAGAGGCUUCUAUGUCCGAAUGAAGCUCUCCAAUGGCGGACAGAGGCAUACGAGGAAUUCAGCGAAGCAGUUUUGUUACAGAUACUCGAAAUGGAUUCUGUGGUUUUCCAUCUCUCUGUAUUUCUUAUCCUCUUUCUUCAAUAAACCCUCGCCUUCCUUCUCCCGCACGAUUCUCCGACAUUCCGCCGCUUCCCGUGUCCUAAUCGAGGAAUCUUAUUACAACUCCACGUCGUCUCUCAGAUUUCCGAUGAAUGGAAUGAAGGUAUACGUGUACGACCUCCCGCCGGAGUACAACGCCGCCUGGCUGUCCGACCGGCGGUGCAGCCGCCACCUGUUCGCGGCGGAGGUAGCGAUUCACCGCGCGCUGUCGAGCAGCGAGUUUAGGACAUUAAAUCCUUUGGAUGCCGAUUUUUUCUUCGUACCUGUUUAUGUCUCGUGCAAUUUCAGCAAGGUUAAUGGUUUUCCGGCCAUCGGACAUGCCAGAGCUCUAAUGGCGGCCGCCGUCCGCCACGUGUCCGAACGGUUCCCGUUCUGGAACCGCAGCGGCGGCGCCGAUCAUGUCUUCGUGGCGUCGCAUGAUUUCGGGUCGUGCUUUCACACGAUGGAAGACGCCGCUGCGGCGGAAGGAGUGCCGGAGUUUCUUAAGAACUCGAUUGUUUUGCAAACGUUUGGGGUGGAAGAUAAACACCCUUGUCAGAACGUUGAGCACGUGGUAAUUCCGCCGUAUGUUUCGCCGGAAAGUGUACGGACGACGCUGGAGAAGACGGCGUUAAAUGGCCGCCGUGACAUUUUCGCGUUUUUUAGGGGUAAAAUGGAAGUUCAUCCGAAGAACGUUAGCGGCCGUUAUUACAGCAAGCGCGUGAGGACGAUGAUAUGGCAGAGAUACGGCGGCGACCGGCGGUUCUAUCUCCGGCGGCGGAGAUUCGCCGGUUACCAGUCGGAAAUCGUACGGUCGAAGUUUUGUCUAUGUCCUUUGGGGUGGGCCCCCUGGAGCCCCCGGCUGGUGGAAUCGGUGGCGCUCGGCUGCGUGCCGGUGAUCAUAGCGGACGGAAUCCGGUUGCCGUUCCCCGCCGCCGUGCCGUGGGCGGAGAUCUCGCUGACGGUGGCGGAGCGCGACGUGGGCCGGCUGGGGAAGGUCCUGGACCACGUGGCGGCGACGAACCUGACAGUAAUACAGAGGAACUUGCGGGACCCGGAGGUCCGGAAGGCGCUGAUGUUCAACGACCCGAUGGUGAAGGGGGAUGCCACGUGGCAGGUCCUAGUGGCCCUAUCUGCCAAGCUGGAUAGGUCCCACAAGAGGCUUUCUAGCGAAUGAGCGAGGGACACGUGGCAUUACGUUGGGCGGCGCUGUCUUGACGUGUAUGGGAAGGAUAUAGAGUUGGAGACAGCUGGAAAUUGAAGCGUAUGGGAAUGUCCAACUGGGCCCUAUGGGUGACGUGGCGCGAUGUGAUUGGGCGGUUUUUUUCUCUGACUGUGGGUAGUGGGUCGUCACGGGUCAUAUGUUGCAAUUACAUGUGAGGGAAGGUGCACAGUGUUGGGAUAUUUCAGUAAUUGAGGGGGGACCGGGUGUGGUGCUCCCGGUCCACAUGGACCACCGCGGUUGAGCUGAGCUCGGGUAUUCAUAUUCAUAUUUCAUUUAUUAUUUUAAUGUUAAAUUACAAAUAUUGAAUUUGGAAUUUGUUGUUUAUAAAUGAAUGGGAAAAAGGGACAACAUGUGGGCAGCUGUGUGAUGUGUCAGAACUCAGACCAGACCGGCUUUUAAUUUCACAAAUGGACUUUGUCA